AUGAGAAUCCAUCACAUUACAGCUCUCGCCUCGGUUGCGAAAGCAACCCUCUUCUGUCACUCAGAAUCGUCGCCGAAUCCCAUCGCUAGCCAAUAUCCUCAUCUUACCACCGGCACAAUCAAUGGGACGGUUGCCAUUAUCCCAGUUCCCCUGUCAUAUGUGCGCAGCAUUGUGCCGGUGGAAUAUCCCAUCUUGACGUCACAGUACCAGGCCUUGCUACCAUGGUUCCCAAAAGACAUGUUUCCUAUGAUGAUGCAGACUGAGUUGGAUCAUGAUGUUCAGAAUUCUGGCAUCAAAAUUCCCGACUUUCAGCGAGGUGGCUUUUCAUUCCCUUUCAUUGACAGGCUAAAUGAUGGGUACACUGGUAUGGCCUAUGGUGGCAAGGAGCUCAUUAGCGCGGUCAACAUUGCUGUCCUGGGUACCGCCGCGUACGGAUACAGUGUCAUCUCUUCCGUCUUCGAUCCGCCCUGCGACGCAUACGAAUGUGCAGAUAUUCAGUGCAAAAGCAGAUCAUUCAAAGCGUUUGACGUGCUGCGACCUCUGGUAGGACCAGUACUCAGGACAAAUUUCACCGACUCCACCGGCUCACCGUAUCCUCUUUCGUUCUACAAAAAUAUUACCAACCAGCCGCAGUUCUCAGAUAAUAAGUUGGUCUGUGAUAACUAUGUCCGCCUCUACAACGCAUCCAUUACGACCGGCGAGUUUGCGCCAAUCGCUGUGAAAGGCACUGUGAGUGUGGUUGCCCCAUUACUCCCCGAGACAACAUCCUACAGUGAUGUAUGGGGGCUGAGAAUGGAUAAUGCAUUUAUUGAAAACAACUUCAAGUCAUGUAAGAGUUUACAGGGUUAUACGUUCUCCGAUUAG